AUGGAAUCUGGGAGAAGGGGAUGGAAUCUGGGAGAAGGGGAUGGAAUCUGGGAGAAGGGGGUGGAAUCAGACCCCCUCAUUCUCCCUCCUUCCAUCACCCCGCCCCAUUCUCCCGCUUUCCAUCACCUCGCCCCAUUCUCCCGCUUUCCAUCACCCCGCCCCAUUCUCCCUCCUUCCAUCACCCCGCCCCAUUCUCCCGCUUUCCAUCAGCCCACCCCAUUCACCCGCUUUCCAUCACACCGCCCCAUUCUCCCGCUUUCCAUCACCCCGCCCCAUUCUCCCGCUUUCCAUCACCCCGCCCCAUUCUCCCAUCACCCCGCCCCAUUCUCCCGCUUUCCAUCACCACGCCCCAUUCUCCCGCUUUCCAUCACCCCGCCCCAUUCUCCCGCUUUCCAUCACUCCGCCCCAUUCUCCCGCUUUCCAUCACCCCGCCCCAUUCUCCUGCUUUCCAUCACCCCGCCCCAUUCUUCUCCUUCCAUCACCCCGCCUCAUUCUACCUCCUUCCAUCACCCCGCCCCAUUCUCCCGUUUUCCAUCACCCCGCCCCAUUCUCCCGCUUUCCAUCACCCCGCCCCAUUCUCCCGCUUUCCAUCACCACGCCCCAUUCUCCCGCUUUCCAUCACCCCGCCCCAUUCUCCCUCCUUCCAUCACCCCGCCUCAUUCUCCCUCCUUCCAUCACCCCGCCCCAUUCUCCCGCUUUCCAUCACCCCGCCCCAUUCUCCCGCUUUCCAUCACCCCGCCCCAUUCUCCCGCUUUCCAUAACCCCGCCCCAUUCUUCCGCUUUCCAUCACCCCGCCCCAUUCUCCCUCCUUCCAUCAACCCGCCCCAUUCUCCCGCUUUUCUUCACCCCGCCCCAUUCUCCCUCUUUCCAUCACCCCGCCCCAUUCUUCCGCUUUUCAUCACCCUACCCCAUUCUCCCUCUUUCCAUCUGCCCGCCCCAUUCCCCCUCUUUCCAUCAGCCCGCCCCACUCUCCCGCUUUUCUUCACCCCGCCCCAUUCUUCCGCUUUUCAUCACCCCGCCCCAUUCUCCCGCUUUCCAUCACCCCGCCCCAUUCUCCCGCUUUCCAUCACCCCGCCCCUUUCUCCCGCUUUCCAUCACCCCGCCCCAUUCUCCCGCUUUCUAUCACUCCGCCCCAUUCUCCCGCUUUCCAUCACCCCGCCCCAUUCUCAAGCUUUCCAUCACCCCACCCCAUUCUCCCGCUUUCCAUCACCCCGCCCCAUUCUCCCGCUUUCCAUCACUCCGCCCCAUUCUCCCGCUUUCCAUCACCCCGCCCCAUUCUCAAGCUUUCCAUCACCCCGCCCCAUUCUCCCGCUUUCCAUCACCCCGCCCCAUUCUCCCGCUUUCCAUCACCCCGCCCCAUUCUCCCGCUUUCCAUCACCCCGCCCCAUUCUCCCGCUUUCCAUCACCCCGCCCUAUUCUCCCGCUUUCCAUCACCCCGCCCCAUUCUUCCGCUUUCCAUCACCCCGCCCCUUUCUCCCUCUUUCCAUCACCCCGCCCCAUUCUCCCGCUUUCCAUCACCCCGCCCCAUUCUCCCGCUUUCCAUCACCCUGCCCCCCUGCCCCAUUCUCCCGCUCUCCAUCACCCCGCCCUAUUCUCCCUAUUUCUAUCACCCCGCCCCAUUCUCCCACUAUCCAUCACCCCGCCCCAUUCUCCCGCUUUCCAUCACCCCGCCCCAUUCUCCCGCUUUCCAUCACCCCGCCCCAUUCUCCCGCUUUCCAUCACCCCAAGCCAUUCUCCCUCUUUCCAUCACCCCGCCUCAUUCUCCCGCUUUCCAUCACCCCGCCCCAUUCUCCCGCUUUCCAUAACCCCGCCCCAUUGUCCCUCUUUCCAUCACCCUGCCCCAUUGUCCCUCUUUCCAUCACCCUGCCCCAUUCUCCCUCUUUCCAUCACCCCACCCCAUUCUCCCGCUUUCAAUCGCCCCGCCCCAUUCUCCCGCUUUCCAUCAACCCGCCCCAUUCUCCCUCUUUCCAUCACCCCGCCCUAAUCUCCCUCUUUCCAUCACCCCGCCCAAUUCUUCCUCUUUCCAUCACCCCGCCCCAUUCUCCCUCUUUCCAUCACCACGCCCCAUUCUCCGGCUUUCCAUCACACCACCCCAUUUUCCCGUUUUCUAUCACCACGCCCCAUUUUCCCUCUUUCCAUCACCCCGCCCCAUUCUCCCGCUUUCCAUCACCCCGCCCCAUUCUCCCGCUUUCCAUCACCCCGCUCCAUUCUCCCGCAUUCCAUCACCCCGCCCAAUUCUCCCUCUUUCCAUCUCCCCUCCCCAUUCUCCCUCUUUCCAUCACCCCGCCCCGUUCUCCCGCUUUCCAUCACCCCGCCCCAUUCUCCCUCUUUCCAUCACCCCGCCCCAUUCUCCCGCUUUCCAUCACCCCGCCCCAUUCUCCCUUUUCCAUCACCCCGCCCCAUUCUCCCGCUUUUCAUCACCCAGCCCCAUUCUCCCUCUUUCCAUCACCCCGCCCCAUUCUCCCGCUUUCCAUCACACCACCCCAUUCUCCCACUUUCCAUCACCACGCCCCAUUUUCCCUCUUUCCAUCACCCCGCCCCAUUCUCCCGCUUUCCAUCACCCCGCCCCAUUCUCCCGCUUUCCAUCACCCCGCUCCAUUCUCCCGCAUUCCAUCACCCCGCCCAAUUCUCCCUCUUUCCAUCACCCCUCCCCAUUCUCCCUCUUUCCAUCACCCCGCCACAUUCUCCCGCUUUCCAUCACCGCGCCUCAUUAUCCCUCUUUCCAUCACCCCGCCCCAGUCUCCCGCUUUCCAUCACACCGCCCCAUUCUCCCUCUAUCCAUCGUCCCGCCCUAUUCUCCCGCUUUCCAUCACACCGCCUCAUUCUCCCGCUUUCCAUCACCCCUCCCCAUUCUCCCGCUUUCCAUCACCCCGCCCCAUUCUCCCGCUUUCCAUCACCCCGCCCAAUUCUCCCUCUUUCCAUCACCCCUCCCUAUUCUCCCUCUUUCCAUCACCCCGCUCCAUUCUCCCGCUUUCCAUCACCCCGCCCCAUUCUCCUGCUUUCCAUCACACCACCCCAUUCUCCUGCUUUCCAUCACCCCGCUCCAUUCUCCCGCUUUCCAUCACCCCGCCCAGUUUUCCCUCUUUCCAUCACCCCUCCCCAUUAUCCCUCUUUCCAUCACCCCGCCCCAUUCUCCCUCUUUCCUUCACCCCGCCCCAUUCUUCCGUUUUCCAUCACCUCGCCCCAUUCUCCCUCUUUCCAUCACCCCGCCCCAUUGUCCCGCUUUCCAUCACCCCGCCCCAUUCUCCCGCUUUCCAUCACCCCGCCCCAUUGUCCCUCUUUCCAUCACCCCGCCCCAUUCUCCCGCUUUCCACCACCCCGCUCCAUUCUCUUGCUUUCCAUCACCCCGCCCAAUUCUUCCUCUUUCGAUCACCCUGCCCCAUUCUCCCUCUUUCCAUCACCCCGCCCCAUUCUCCCGCUUUCCAUCACACCACCCCAUUCUCCCGCUUUCCAUCACCACGCCCCAUUUUCCCUCUUUCCAUCACCCCGCCCCAUUCUCCCGCUUUCCAUCACCCCGCCCCAUUCUCCUGCUUUCCAUCACCCCGCUCCAUUCUCCCGCAUUCCAUCACCCCGCCCAAUUCUCCCUCUUUCCAUCACCCCUCCCCAUUCUCCCUCUUUCCAUCACCCCGCCCCAUUCUCCCGCUUUCCAUAACCCCGCCCCAUUCUCCCUUUUCCAUCACCCCGCCCCAUUCUCCCGCUUUCCAUCACCCCGCCCCAUUCUCCCUCUUUCCAUCACCCCGCCCCAUUCUUCCUCUUUCCAUCACCCCGCCCCAUUCUCCCCCAAUCCAUCACCUCGCCCCAUUUUCAUUCAUUCCAUCACCCCGUCCCAUUCUCCCGCUUUCCAUCACCCCGCCCCAUUCUCCCGCUUUCCAUCACCCCACUCCAUUCUCCCGCUUUCCAUCACCCUGCCCAAUUCUCCCUCUUUCCAUCACCCCUCCCCAUUCUCCCUCUUUCCAUCACCAAGCCCCAUUCUCCCGCUUUCCAUCACCCCGCCCAAUUCUCCCUCUUUCCAUCACCCCUCCCUAUUCUCCCUCUUUCCAUCACCCCGCUCCAUUCUCCCGCUUUCCAUCACCCCGCCCCAUUCUCCUGCUUUCCAUCACACCACCCCAUUCUCCCGCUUUCCAUCACCCCGCUCCAUUCUCCCGCUUUCCAUCACCCCGCCCAGUUCUCCCUCUUUCCAUCACCCCUCCCCAUUAUCCCUCUUUCCAUCACCCCGCCCCAUUCUCCCUCUUUCCUUCACCCCGCCCCAUUCUUCCGUUUUCCAUCACCUCGCCCCAUUCUCCCUCUUUCCAUCACCCCGCCCCAUUCUCCCGCUUUCCAUCACCCCGCCCCAUUCUCCCGCUUUCCAUCACCCCGCCCCAUUGUCCCUCUUUCCAUCACCCGCCCCAUUCUCCCGCUUUCCACCACCCCGCUCCAUUCUCUUGCUUUCCAUCACCCCGCCCAAUUCUUCCUCUUUCCAUCACCCUGCCCCAUUCUCCCUCUUUCCAUCACCCCGCCCCAUUCUCCCGCUUUCCAUCACACCACCCCAUUCUCCCGCUUUCCAUCACCACGCCCCAUUUUCCCUCUUUCCAUCACCCCGCCCCAUUCUCCCGCUUUCCAUCACCCCGCCCCAUUCUCCUGCUUUCCAUCACCCCGCUCCAUUCUCCCGCAUUCCAUCACCCCGCCCAAUUCUCCCUCUUUCCAUCACCCCUCCCCAUUCUCCCUCUUUCCAUCACCCCGCCCCAUUCUCCCGCUUUCCAUAACCCCGCCCCAUUCUCCCUUUUCCAUCACCCCGCCCCAUUCUCCCGCUUUCCAUCACCCCGCCCCAUUCUCCCUCUUUCCAUCACCCCGCCCCAUUCUUCCUCUUUCCACCACCCCGCCCCAUUCUCCCCCAAUCCAUCACCUCGCCCCAUUUUCAUUCAUUCCAUCACCCCGUCCCGUUCUCCCGCUUUCCAUCACCCCGCCCCAUUCUCCAGCUUUCCAUCACCCCACUCCAUUCUCCCGCUUUCCAUCACCCUGCCCAAUUCUCCCUCUUUCCAUCACCCCUCCCCAUUCUCCCUCUUUCCAUCACCAAGCCCCAUUCUCCCGCUUUCCAUCACCCCGCCCCAUUCUCCCUCUUUCCAUCACCCCGCCCCUUUCUUCCUCUUUCCAUCACCCCGCCCCAUUCUCCCUCUUUCCACCACCCCGCCCCAUUCUCCCUGUUUUCAUCACCCCGCCCCAUUCUCCCGUUUUCCAUCACCCCGCCCCAUUCUCCCGCUUUCCAUCACCCCGCCCCAUUCUCCCUCUUUCCAUCACCCCGCCCCAUUCUCCCGCUUUCAACCACCCCGCCCUGUUCUCCCUCUUUCCAUCACCCCGCCCCAUUCUCCCUCUUUCCAUCACCCCGCCCCAUUCUCCCGCUUUCCAUCACCCAGCCCCACUCUCCAUCUUUCCAUCACUCCGCCCCAUUCUCCCGCCUUCCAUCACCCCGCCCCAUUCUCCAUCCUUCCAUCACCCCGCCCCAUUCUCCCUCUUUCCAUCACCCCGCCCGAUUCUCCUGCUUUCCAUCACCCUGCCCAUUCUCCCGCUUUCCAUCACCCCGCCCCAUUCUCCCUCUUUCCAUCACCCCGCCCCAUUCUCCCGCUUUCCAUCACCCCGCUCCAUUCUCCCGCUUUCCAUCACCCCGCCCAAUUCUCCCUACUUCCAUCACCCCUCCCCAUUCUCCCUCUUUCCAUCACCACGACCUUUUCUCCCUCUUUCCAUCACCCCGCCCCAUUCUCCCUCUUUCCAUCACCCCGCCCCAUUCUCCCUCUUUCCGUCACCCCACCACAUUAUCCCUCUUUCCAUCACCCUGCCCUAUUCUCCCUGUUUCCAUCACCCUGCCCCAUACUCCCGCUUUCCAUCACCCCGCCCCAUUCUCCCGCUUUCCAUCACCCCGCCCCAUUCUCCCACUUUCCAUCACCCCGUCCCGUUCUCCCGCUUCCCAUCACCCCACCCCGUUCUCCCGCUUUCCAUCACCCUGCCCCGUUCUCCCGUUUUCCAUCACCCCGCUCCGUUCUCCCUCUUUCCAUCACCCCAGUCAAUCUCCCGUUUUCCAUCACCCCUCCCCAUUCUCCCUCUUUCCAUCACCCCGCCCCAUUCUCCCUCUUUCCAUCACCCCGCCCCAUUCUCCUGCUUUCUAUCACCCCGCCCCAUUCUCCUGCUUUCCAUCACCCAGCUCCAUUCUCCCGCUUCCCAUCACCCCGCCUAAUUCUCCCUCUUUCCAUCACUCCUCCCCAUUCUCCCUCUUUCCAUCACCCCGCCCCAUUCUCCCGCUUUCAAUCACCCCGCCCCAUUCUCCCGCUUUCCAUCACCCCAAGCCAUUCUCCCUCUUUCCAUCACCCCGCCUCAUUCUCCCGCUUUCCAUCACCCCGCCCCAUUCUCCCGCUUUCCAUCACCCCGCCCCAUUGUCCCUCUUUCCAUCACCCCGCCCCAUUCUCCCUCUUUCCAUCACCCUGCCCCAUUCUCCCUCUUUCCAUCACCCCACCCCAUUCUCCCGCUUUCAAUCACCCCGCCCCAUUCUCCCCCUUUUCAUCACCCCGACCCAUUCUCCCGCUUUCCAUCACCCCGCCCCAUUCUCCCGCUUUCCAUCAACCCGCCCAAUUCUCCCUCUUUCCAUCACCCCGCCCUAAUCUCCCUCUUUCCAUCACCCUGACCCAUUCUCCCGCUUUCCAUCACCCCGCCCCAUUCUCCCGCUUUCCAUCACCCCGCCCCAUUCUUCCGCUUUCCAUCACCCCGCCCCAUUCUCCCUCUUUCCAUCUCCCCGCCCCAUUCUCCCUCUCUCCAUCACCCCGCCCCAUUCUCUCGCUUUCCAUCAUCCCGCCCCAUUCUCCCGCUUUCAAUCACCCCGCCCCAUUCUUCCGCUUUCCAUCACCCCGCCCCAUUCUCCCUGUUUCCAUCAGCCCGCCCCAUUCUCCCUCUUUCCAUCACCCCACCCCAUUCUCCCGCUUUCCAUUACCCUGCCCCAUUCUCCCGCUUUUUCAUCACCCCGCCCUAUUCUCCCUCUUUCCAUCACCCCGCCCCAUUCUCCCUCUUUCCAUCACCCCACCCCAUUCUCCCGCUUUCCAUCACCCCGCCCCAUUCUCCCGCUUUCCUUCAUCGCGCCCCAUUCUCCAGCUUUCCAUCACCCCGCCCUAUUCUCCCUCUUUCCAUCACCCUGCCCCAUUCUCCCGCUUUCCAUCACCCAGCCCCAUUCUCCUGCUUUCCAUCACCCAGCCCCAUUCUCCCGCUUUCCAUCACCCCGCCCCAUUCUCCCUCUUUCCAUCACCCCGCCCAAUUCUCCCUCUUUCCAUCACCCCUCCCCAUUCUCCCUCUUUCCAUCACCCCGCCACAUUCUCCCGCUUUCCAUCACCGCGCCUCAUUAUCCCUCUUUCCAUCACCCCGCCCCAUUCUCCCACUUUCCAUCACCCCGCCACAUUCUCCCUCUUUCCAUCACCCCGCCCUAUUCUCCCUCUUUCCAUCACCCCGCCCCAUUCUCCCGCUUUCCAUCACCCCACCCCACUCUCCCGCUUUCCAUCACCCCACCCCAUUCUCCCGCUUUCCAUCACCCCGCUCCAUUCUCCCGCUUUCCAUCACCCCGCCCAGUUCUCCCUCUUUCCAUCACCCCUCCCCAUUCUCCCUCUUUCCAUCACCCCGCCCCAUUCUCCCGCUUUCCAUCAACCUGCCCCAUUCUCCCUCUUUCCAUCACCUUGCCCCAUUCUCCCGCUUUCCAUCACCCUGCCCCAUUCUCCCGCUUUCCAUCACCCCGCCCCAUUGUCCCUCUUUCCAUCACCCCGCCCCAUUCUCCCGCUUUCCACCAACCCGCUCUAUUCUUUUGCUUUCCAUCACCCCGCCCAAUUCUCCCUCUUUCCAUCACCCCUCCCGAUUCUCCCUCUUUCCAUCACCUCGCCCCAUUCUCCCGCUUUCCAUCACCCCGCCCCAUUCUCCCUCUUUCCAUCACCCCGCCCCAUUCUCUCGCUGUCCAUCACACCACCCCAUUCUCCCGCUUUCCAUCACCACGCCCCAUUUUCCCUCUUUCCAUCACCCCGCCCCAUUCUCCCGCUUUCCAUCACCCCGCCCCAUUCUCCCUCUUUCCAUCACCCCACCCCAUUCUCCCGCUUUCCAUCACCACGCCCCAUUUUCCCUCCUUCCAUCACCCCGCCCCAUUCUCCCGCUUUCCAUCACCCCGCCCCAUUCUCCCUCUUUCCAUCACCCCACCCCAUUCUCCCGCUUUCCAUCACCCCGCCCCAUUCUCCCGCUUUCCUUCAUCCCGCCCCAUUCUCCCGCUUUCCAUCACCCCGCCCUAUUCUCCCUCUUUCCAUCACCCUGCCCCAUUCUCCCGCUUUCCAUCACCCAGCCCCAUUCUCCUACUUUCCAUCACCCAGCCCCAUUCUCCCGCUUUCCAUCACCCCGCCCCAUUCUCCCUCUUUCCAUCACCCCGCCCAAUUCUCCCUCUUUCCAUCACCCCUCCCCAUUCUCCCUCUUUCCAUCACCCCGCCACAUUCUCCCGCUUUCCAUCACCGCGCCUCAUUAUCCCUCUUUCCAUCACCCCGCCCCAUUCUCCCGCUUUCCAUCACCCUGCCACAUUCUCCCUCUUUCCAUCACCCCGCCCUAUUCUCCCUCUUUCCAUCACCCCGCCCCAUUCUCCCGCUUUCCAUCACCCCACCCCACUCUCCCGCUUUCCAUCACCCCACCCCAUUCUCCCGCUUUCCAUCACCCCGCUCCAUUCUCCCGCUUUCCAUCACCCCUCCCCAUUCUCCCUCUUUCCAUCACCCCGCCCCAUUCUCCCUCUUUCCAUCACCCCACCCCAUUCUCCCGCUUUCCAUCAACCUGCCCCAUUCUCCCUCUUUCCAUCACCUUGCCCCAUUCUCCCGCUUUCCAUCACCCCGCCCCAUUCUCCCGCUUUCCAUCACCCCGCCCCAUUGUCCCUCUUUCCAUCACCCCGCCCCAUUCUCCCGCUCUCCACCACCCCGCUCUAUUCUUUUGCUUUCCAUCACCCCGCCCAAUUCUCCCUCUUACCAUCACCCCUCCCGAUUCUCCCUCUUUCCAUCACCUCGCCCCAUUCUCCCGCUUUCCAUCACCCCGCCCCAUUCUCCCUCUUUCCAUCACCCCGCCCCAUUCUCUCGCUGUCCAUCACACCACCCCAUUCUCCCGCUUUCCAUCACCACGCCCCAUUUUCCCUCUUUCCAUCACCCCGCCCCAUUCUCCCGCUUUCCAUCACCCCGCCCCAUUCUCCCGCUUUCCAUCACCCCGCUCUAUUCUCCCGCAUUCCAUCACCCCGCCCAAUUCUCCCUCUUUCCAUCACCCCUCCCCAUUCUCCCUCUUUCCAUCACCCCGCCCCAUUCUCCCGCUUUCCAUCACCCCGCCCCAUUCUCCCUCUUUCCAUCACCCCGCCCCAUUCACCCGCUUUCCAUCACCCCGCCCCAUUCUCCCGCUUUCCAUCACCCCGCCCCAUUCUCCCGCUUUCCAUCACCCCGCUCCAUUCUCCCGCUUUCCAUCACCCCGCCCAAUUCUCCCUCUUCCCAUUACCCCUCCCCAUUCUCCCUCUUUCCAUCACCCCGCCCCAUUCUCCCGCUGUCCAUCACCCCGCCCCAUUCUCCCGCUUUCCAUCACCCCGCCCCAUUCUCCCCCUUUCCAUCACCCUGCCCCAUUCUCCCUCUAUCAAUCACCCCGCCCAAUUCUCCCGCUUUCCAUCACCCCGCCCCAUUCUCCCUCUUUCCAUCACUCCACCCAAUUCUUCUCUUUCCAUCACCCCGCCCCAUUCUCCCGCUUUCCAUCACCCCUCCAAAUUCUCCCACUUUCCGUCACCCCGCUCCAUUCUCCCGCUUUCCAUCACCCCGCCCAAUUCUCCCUCUUCCCAUUACCCCUCCCCAUUCUCCCUCUUUCCAUCACCCCGCCCCAUUCUCCCGCUUUCCAUCACCCCGCCCCAUUCUCCCUCUUUCCAUCACCCCGCCCCAUUCUCCCGCUUUCCAUCACUCGCCCCAUUCUCCCUCUUUCCAUCACCCCGCUCCAUUCUCCUGCUUUCCAUCACCCCGCCCCAUUCUCCCGCUUUCCAUCACCCCGCUCCAUUCUCCCGCUUUCCAUCACCCGCCCCAUUCUCCCGCUUUCCAUCACCCCGCCCCAUUCUCCCUCUUUCCAUCACCCCUCCCCGUUCUCCCGCUUUCCAUCACCCCGCCCUAUUCUCCGUCUUUCCAUCACCCCGCCCCAGUCUCCCACUUUCAAUCACCGCGCCCCAUUCUCCCCCUUUCCAUCACCCCGCCCCAUUCUCCCACUUUCCAUCACCCCGCCCCAUUCUCCCGAUUUCCAUCACCCCUCCCCAUUGUCCCACUUUCCAUCACCCCGCCCCAUUCUCCCUCUUUGCAUCAGCCCGCCCCACUCUCCCUCUUUCCAUCACCCCGCCCCAUUCUCCCGCUUUCCAUCACCCCGCCCCAUUCUCCCGCUUUCCAUCACCCCGCCCCAUUCUCCCGCUUUCCAUCACCCCGCCCCAUUCUCCCUCUUUCCAUCACCCCGCCCCAUUCUCCCGCCUUCCAUCACCGCGCCUCAUUCUCCCUCUUUCCAUCACCCCGCUCCAUUCUCCCGCUUUCCAUCACCCCGCUCCAUUCUUCCCCUUUCCAUCACCCCGCCCCAUUCUCCCGCUUUCCAUCACCCCGCCCCAUUCUCCCGCUUUCCAUCACCCCGCCCCAUUCUCCCUCUUUCCAUCACCCCGCCCCGUUCUCCCGCUUUCCAUCACCACGCCCCAUUCUCCCUCUUUCCAUCACCUCGCCCCAUUCUCCCUCCUUCCAUUACCUCGUCCCAUUCUCCCGCUUUCCAUCACCCCGCUCCAUUCUCCCGCUUUCCAUCACCCCGCCUAAUUCUCUCUCUUUCCAUCACCGCUCCCUAUUCUCCCUCUUUCCAUCACCCCGCCCCAUUCUCCCGCUUUCCAUCAACCCGCCCCAUUCUCCCUCUUUCCAUCACCCCGCCCCAUUCUCCCGCUUUCCAUCACCCUGCCCCAUUCUCUUGCUUUCCAUCACCCCGCCCAAUUCUCCCUCUUUCCAUCACCUCGCCCCGUUCUCCCGCUUUCCAUCACCCCGCCCCGUUCUCCCGCUUUCCGUCACCCCGCCCCAUUCUCCCCCUUUCCAUCACCUUGCCACAUUCUCCCGCUUUCCAUCACCCCGCCCCAUUCUUCCUCUUUCCAUCACCCCGCCCCGUUCUCCCGCUUUCCAUCACCCCGCCCCGUUCUCCCGCUUUCCAUCACCCCGCCCCAUUCUCCCCCUUUCCAUCACCCCGCCCCAUUCGCCCCCCUUCCAUCACCCCGCCCCGUUCUCCCUCUUUCCAUCAGCCCGCCCCAAUCUCCCUCUUUCCAUCACCCCACCCCAUUCUCCCGCUUUCCAUCACCCCGCCCCAUUCUCCCGCUUUCCAUCACCCCGCCUUAUUCUCCCUCUUUCCAUCACCCUGCCCCAUUCUCCCUCUAUCCAUCACCCCGCCCAAUUCUCCCGCUUUCCAUCACCCCGUCCCAUUCUCCCGCUUUCCAUCACCCCGCCCCAUUCUUUUGCUUUCCAUCACCCUACCCCAUCCUCCCUCUUUCCAUCAUCCCGCCCCAUUCUCCCGAUUUCCAUCACCCCGCCCCGUUCCCCCGCUUUCCAUCACCCCGCCCCAUUCUCCCGCUUUCCAUCAUCCCGCCCCAUUCUCCCGCUUUCCAUCACCCCGCCCCAUUCUCCCUCUUUCCAUCACCCCGCCCCAUUCUUCCUCUUUCCAUCACCCCGCCCCAUUCUCCCGAUUUCCAUCACCCCGCCCCAUUCUCCCAAUUUCCAUCACCCCGCCCCAUUCUCCCGAUUUCCAUCACCCCUCCCCAUUGUCCCACUUUCCAUCACCCCGCCCCAUUCUCCCUCUUUGCAUCAGCCCGCCCCAUUCUCCCUCUUUCCAUCACCCCGCCCCAUUCUCCCGCUUUCCAUCACCCCGCCCCAUUCUCCCGCUUUCCAUCACCCCGCCCCAUUCUCCCGCUUUCCAUCACCCCGCCCCAUUCUCCCUCUUUCCAUCACCCCGCCCCAUUCUCCCUCUUUCCAUCACCCCGCCCCAUUCUCCCGCCUUCCAUCACCCCGCCUCAUUCUCCCUCUUUCCAUCACCCUGCUCCAUUCUCCCGCUUUCCAUCACCCCGCUCCAUUCUUCCCCUUUCCAUCACCCCGCCCCAUUCUCCCGCUUUCCAUCACCCCGCCCCAUUCUCCCGCUUUCCAUCACCCCGCCCCAUUCUCCCUCUUUCCAUCACCCCGCCCCGUUCUCCCGCUUUCCGUCACCCCGCCCCAUUCUCCCCCUUUCCAUCACCUUGCCACAUUCUCCCGCUUUCCAUCACCCCGCCCCAUUCUCCCUCUUUCCAUCACCCCGCCCCGUUCUCCCGCUUUCCAUCACCCCGCCCCGUUCUCCCGCUUUCCAUCACCCCGCCCCAUUCUCCCCCUUUCCAUCACCCCGCCCCAUUCGCCCCCCUUCCAUCACCCCGCCCCGUUCUCCCUCUUUCCAUCAGCCCGCCCCAUUCUCCCUCUUUCCAUCACCCCACCCCAUUCUCCCGCUUUCCAUCACCCCGCCCCAUUCUCCCGCUUUCCAUCACCCCGCCUUAUUCUCCCUCUUUCCAUCACCCUGCCCCAUUCUCCCUCUAUCCAUCACCCCGCCCAAUUCUCCCGCUUUCCAUCACCCCGUCCCAUUCUCCCGCUUUCCAUCACCCCGCCCCAUUCUUUUGCUUUCCAUCACCCCACCCCAUCCUCCCUCUUUCCAUCAUCCCGCCCCAUUCUCCCGAUUUCCAUCACCCCGCCCCGUUCCCCCGCUUUCCAUCACCACGCCCCAUUCUCCCUCUUUCCAUCACCUCGCCCCAUUCUCCCUCCUUCCAUUACCUCGUCCCAUUCUCCCGCUUUCCAUCACCCCGCUCCAUUCUCCCGCUUUCCAUCACCCCGCCUAAUUCUCUCUCUUUCCAUCACCGCUCCCUAUUCUCCCUCUUUCCAUCACCCCGCCCCAUUCUCCCGCUUUCAAUCAACCCGCCCCAUUCUCCCGCUUUCCAUCACCCCGCCCCAUUCUCCCGCUUUCCAUCACCCCGCCCCAUUCUCUCGCUUUCCAUCACCCCGCCCAACUCUCCCUCUUUCCAUCACCCCGCCCCGUUCUCCCGCUUUCCAUCACCCCGCCCCGUUCUCCCGCUUUCCGUCACCCCGCCCCAUUCUCCCCCUUUCCAUCACCUUGCCACAUUCUACCGCUUUCCAUCACCCCGCCCCAUUCUCCCUCUUUCCAUCACCCCGCCCCGUUCUCCCGCUUUCCAUCACCCCGCCCCGUUCUCCCGCUUUCCAUCACCCCGCCCCAUUCUCCCCCUUUCCAUCACCCCGCCCCAUUCGCCCCCCCCUUCCAUCACCCCGCCCCGUUCUCCCUCUUUCCAUCAGCCCGCCCCAUUCUCCCUCUUUCCAUCACCCCACCCCAUUCUCCCGCUUUCCAUCACCCCGCCCCAUUCUCCCGCUUUCCAUCACCCCGCCUUAUUCUCCCUCUUUCCAUCACCCUGCCCCAUUCUCCCUCUAUCCAUCACCCCGCCCAAUUCUCCCGCUUUCCAUCACCCCGUCCCAUUCUCCCGCUUUCCAUCACCCCGCCCCAUUCUUUUGCUUUCCAUCACCCCACCCCAUCCUCCCUCUUUCCAUCAUCCCGCCCCAUUCUCCCGAUUUCCAUCACCCCGCCACGUUCCCCCGCUUUCCAUCACCCCGCCCCAUUCUCCCGCUUUCCAUCAUCCCGCCCCAUUCUCCCGCUUUCCAUCACCCCGCCCCAUUCUCCCUCUUUCCAUCACCCCGCCCCAUUCUUCCUCUUUCCAUCACCCCGCCCCAUUCUCCCGAUUUCCAUCACCCCGCCCCAUUCUCCCAAUUUCCAUCACCCCGCCCUAUUCUCCCUCUUUCCAUCACCCCGCCCCAUUCUCCCUCUUUCCAUCACCCCGCCCCACUCUCCCUCCUUCCAUCACCCAGCCCAAUUCUCCCUCUUUCCAUCACCCCGCCCCAUUCUCCUUCUUUCCAUCACCCCGCCCCAUUCUCCCGCUUUCCAUCACCCCGCCCCAUUCUCCCUCUUUCCAUCACCCUGCCCCAUUCUCCCUCUUUCCAUCACCCCGCCCCAUUCUCCCGCUUUCCAACACCCCGCGCCAUUUUCCCUCUUUCCAUCACCCCGCCCCAUUCUCCCGCUUUCCAUCACCCCGCCCCAUUCUCUCGCUUUCCAUCAUCCCGCUCCAUUGUCCCGCUUUCCAUCACCCCGCCCAAUUCUCCCUCUUUCCUUCACCCCUCCCCAUUCUCCCUUUUUCCAUCACCCCACCCCAUUCUCCCGCUUUCCAUCAACCCGCCCCAUUCUCCCUCUUUCCAUCACCCCGCCCCAUUCUCCCGCUUUCCAUCACCCCGCCCCAUUCUCCUUCUUUCCAUCACCCCGCCCCAUUCUCCCUCUUUCCAUCACCCCGCCCCAUUCUCCCGCUUUCCAUCACCCCGCGCCAUUUUCCCUCUUUCCAUCACCCCGCCCCAUUCUCCCGCUUUCCAUCACCCCGCCCCAUUCUCUCGCUUUCCAUCAUCCAGCUCCAUUGUCCCGCUUUCCAUCACCCCGCCCAAUUCUCACUCUUUCCAUCACCCCUCCCCAUUCUCCCCUUUUCCAUCACCCCGCCCCAUUCUCCCGCUUUCCAUCACCCUGCCCCAUUCUUCCUCUUUCCAUCACCCCGCCCCAUUCUCCCUCUUUCCAUCACCCCGCCCCAUUCUCCCGCUUUCCAUCACCCCGCCCCAUUCUACCGCUUUCCGUCACCCCACCCCAUUCUCCCUCUGUCCAUCACCCCGCCCCAUUCUCCCUCUUUCCAUCACCCCGCCCCAUUCUCCCGCUUUCCAUCACCCCACCCCAUUCUCCCUCUUUCCAUCACCCCGCCCCAUUCUCCCUCUUUCCAUCACCCCGCCCCAUUCUCCCGCUUUCCAUCAGCCCGCGCCAUUUUCCCUCUUUCCAUCAACCCACCCCAUUCUCCCACAUUCCAUCACCCUGCCCCAUUCUCAAUCUAUCCAUCACCCCGCCCAAUUCUCCCGCUUUCCAUCACCCCCCCCAUUCUCCCGCUUUUCAUCACCCCGCUCCAUCCUCCCGCUUUCCAUCACCCCGCCCAAUUCUCCCUCUUUCCAUCACCCCUCCCCAUUCUCCCUCUUUCCAUCAGCCCGCCCCAUUCUCCCGCUUUCCAUCACCCCGCCCCAUUCUCCCUCUAUCCAUCACCCCGCCCCAUUCUACCACUUUCCAUCAACCCGCCCCAUUCUCCCGCUUUCCAUCACCCCGCUCCAUUCUCCCGCUUUCCAUCACCCCACCCAAUUCUCCCGAUUUGCAUCACCCCGCCCCAUUCUCCCGCUUUCCAUCACCCCGCCCCAUUCUCCCUCUUUCCAUCACCUUGCCCCAUUCUCCCGCUUUCCAUCACCCCUCCCCAUUCUCCCUCUUUCCAUCAGCCCGCCCCAUUCUCUCGCUUUCCAUCACCCCGCUCCAUUCUCCCUCUUUCCAUCACCCCGCCCCAUUCUCCCUCUUUCCAUCAUCCCGCCCCAUUCUCCCGCUUUCCAUCACCCCGCCCCAUUCUCCCUCUAUCCAUCACCCCGCCCCAUUCUACCACUUUCCAUCACCCUGCCGCAUUCUCCCGCUUUCCAUCACCCCGCCCCAUUCUCCCGCUUUCCAUCACCCCGCUCCAUUCUCCCGCUUUCCAUCACCCCGCCCAAUUCUCCCUCUUUCCAUCAACCCUCCCUAUUCUCCCACUUUCCAUCACCCCGCCCCAUUCUCCCGCUUUCCAUCACCCCGCCCCAUUCUCCCGCUUUCCAUCACCCCGCCCCAUUCUCCCGCUUUCCAUCACCCCGCCCCAUUCUCCCGCUUUCCAUCACCCUGCCCCAUUCUCCCGCUUUCCAUCACCCCGCCCCAUUCUCCCUCUUUCCAUCACCCCGCCUCGUUCUCCCGCUUUCCAUCACCCCGCCCCGUUCUCCAGAUUUCCAUCGCCUUGCCCCAUUCUCCCGCUUUCCAUCACCCCACCCCAUUCUCCCGCUUUCCAUCACCCCGCCCCAUUCUCCCUCUUUCCAUCACCCCACCCCAUUCUCCCGAUUUGCAUCACCCCGCCCCAUUCUCCCGAUUUGCAUCACCCCGCCCCAUUCUCCCGCCUUCCAUCAACCCGCCCUAUUCUCCCUCUUUCCAUCACCCCGCCCCAUUCUCCCGCUUUCCAUCACCCCGCCCCAUUCUCCCUCUUUCCGUCACACCGCCCCAUUCUCCCGCUUUCCAUCACACCACCCCAUUCUCCCGCUUUCCAUCACCACGCCCCAUUUUCCCUCUUUCCAUCACCCCGCCCCAUUCUCCCGCUUUCCAUCACCCUGCCCCAUUCUCCCGCUUUCCAUCACCCCGCUCCAUUCUCCCGCUUUCCAUCAACCCGCCCAAUUCUCCCUCUUUCUAUCACCUCUCCCCAUUCUCCCUCUUUCCAUCACCCCGCCCCAUUCUCCCGCUUUCCAUCACCCCGCCCCAUUCUCCCGCUUUCCAUCACCCCGCCCCAUUCUCCCUCUUUCCAUCACCCCGUCCCAUUCUCCUUCUUUCCAUCACCCCUCCCCAUUCUCCCGCUUUCCAUCACCCCGCCCUAUUCUCCCGCUUUCCAUCACCCCGCCCCAUUCUCCCUCUUUCCAUCACCCCGCCCCGUUCUCCCUCUUUCCAUCACCCCGCCCCAUUCUCCCUCUAUCCAUCACCCUGCCCAAUUCUUCCUCUUUCCAUCACCCCGCCCCAUUCUCCCGAUUUCCGUCAACCCGCCCCAUUCUCCCUCUUUCCAUCACCCCGCCCCAUUCUCCCUCUUUCCAUCACCCUGACCCAUUCUCCCGCUUUCCAUCACCCCUCCCCAUUCUCCCUCUUUGA